AUGGUUGCCAUCGCGCUGUGGAUGAGCGGAGAAGAGCGGGAGAAGUCCAAAGCGAUCGACCUGCACAAUGUGCUUGGAAAGGCUAUACGACAACAGAAGGAACAAUGGGAUUGCUCUGGAUCAGAGAACGCAACUCCUGCGUGCAAAUGGCCGAUCCCAACGUACCAAGCGAUGCUGCUUCAUAUCAUCUCCGCUGCAAUGAUGAAAAGCAGCGGGACAUCCCUCCAACAGCAUCUUAAACCCUCUCUUCCACCCGUCGAGGCUGAUCUUCUUCACAGGCUGGUUGCGAGCUGUAAAAGACUCGGAAUGUUUCAGUACCCCAACAUCCUCGCCCGCUUCUCCGAGACGGAGCCCGGCGAGUAUGUCUGGGUGAGUAUUGAGGAGAUCAAACGUUUCAACCUGGCUUUAUUUAAGCUGUGCAGUGCGGUCAGCGCUCCUUCGCCCGGUGACGGGGAAGGGGACGGGAUGAACAGCUUGACAGUGAACAUUAGAGACACCGUCAGGAGCUGGGGCCUGCGGGCACGCGAUUUGCAGUUCCCAUUGCCGAAAAAUACGCCGUUGUGGAAUGCUCUCACUCCGAAGGAAUGGUUCGCGGCUGAUACCCCGGAUGUGUACCGGCAUGAUCUGCAUGACAAUCGGGAGCAAGAUUGGAUCUCGAGGUCCGCGGAUGUGUUGGAGCAGGUUGGAAUUUGA